UUGUUCAAAUUCUAUGAUGAAAUCUUCUUACAAGUUUGUCAUGCAUCCCUAAGUUAUCUAUACAUGUACACCUUAUUAAACUAAUCAUAUGUAAUCCAUGAUUACGAUCUGUUUUUCGUGCUUUUUGUGCUUUUCUGCCUCUUUUCACUCCUAUAAGUAAUGCUUUGAUGAGAUUCUUGCAACCCCACAGCCUGUCUGCUCCCAUGCUCCUGUCACUAUAUCUUUUAUUGAUCCAUCUUUCUGUUUCUCUCUCCAGUUUUCCACAACCCAGAAAGUCAGUACCAACUUCCAUUUUAUAUAGCAAUCCGAUCUCCCUUUUUUCUUAGACAUAAGUUGCAAAAAUGUUUUGAGAACAGGAAGACGGCAAAAUUCUCACACAAUGGAGAUUUCAGAAAAUUGUUUCCCGAAGCCUCCAGUCUACGACGAAAUAUUCAUGCAGCAGAGCUUGCAAUUCGCUGAUAGUUUGAAGGAUUUGAAAAAUAUACGGCAACAAUUGUACUCUGCUGCUCAGUACUUUGAGUCGUCCUACAACAAAGUCGAUCACAAACAAUUUGUUGUAGAAUCAUCGAAAAAUUAUGUGGCUAAAGCUCUUGUGAACACUGUGGACCACUUGGGCUCAGUGGCUGAUAAGCUCAACGGAUUGUUGGACCAAAAGGCUAAUCAAUUCUCUUCAAUGACGUCCAGAUUUUCUUGCAUUGAACAGAGAUUUAGCACAUCUCAGGGAUUUAUGAACUUGGGAGGGCUGUCGCGAAGCAUGUUAAUGGUAGAAGCUAAUUACGGGCACCAUAAGCGUUACUUUCUUACAGGUGCAGAGAAUCGUGGGUUAGGCAGCAAAUCAAAGGAGUUGUACAGAAAUUGCACCUCAUGUCCCCCAUACGAUUUGCAGCAACCCAAGCAAGAUAACUCAUUUUCUCAAGCAGCACGAAUGAAGCCACAUCGACCCUUAUUGAGGAAAGAAGAGUCGAGGAUGCCUUCAACACAACCUUCUCCGAAUCGACCUAGUUUUUCUUUCAUGAAGGUGGUUUUCCCUGACAAAGAACCAGGGAGGCGUUCAGUUUCUCCAUUUCGUUUCCCAUUGAGGCGCUCAGGAUCCAUCGAGAACAGAUCCGUUUCCCCCAGCCCCCCUAUCAAUAAACAGCUUUGCAGGGUAGAGCCUCGGCGUGCAGUUUCAGCAUGUAGAAGAGCAGAGGUUACAAAUAGGGAAAGGGAGAUGGAAUCUUACACCAAAAGAAGUAAGCAUCUCUUCAAAGCUCUGAUCAGCGUUCACACUUCCAGGAAACAAGUUCUGCUUCAGAAGCAUUAAUUCUGAGUCUUUAAGGAAAAUUGUAAUUUUAAUCCUAUAAGUACGGGGACGUGCUACUUUUAAUUUCGUAUGAAUCUAUUUUAACAAUUUUGUCUUGUAAUUUUAAACAUUUCGCUCAAAAAUGGCCGCACUUUGCUAAAACCGGAAGAAAAAUAUGCCCAAUGAAACUGAUCAUAUGCACU